AUGAAAAAGGAGUACUUAAAAGCUCGUGAUUAUACAAUUGACCUGGAAUCUAACCUGAACAAAUCUCAAGUUAUUGCAAAGACCGGACCAGGAUCUUCACAAGCAGGCUACUACUGUGAAGUUUGUGACUGUGUUGUGAAAGAUUCAAUUAACUAUUUGGACCAUAUAAACGGUAAAAAACAUCAAAGGAAUAUGGGAAUGUCAAUGAGGAUAAAGAGGUCAACUUUAGAAGAAGUUAAAGAAAGGUUUCAGCUUCACAAGCAAAAAUCCGAAGAAAAGGCGGAAGAGUACAGUUUAGAUGAAAGAAUGAAACAAAUUGCCGAGGAAGAAGAGAAAUUUAGGGCUUAUAAACAAGAAAAACGCAAAGAGAAAAAGCGUAGAAAUGAUGAACAGUUUGAAGAUUCUGACGUCGCAGCAGCUAUGGGAUUUGGUGGUUUUGGAUUUAUAACAUCGUUAUGGAUCCGGACAUCUUAAAGCUUGCGACACACUUUACUGCAGUCGAGCCGCUUUCAAAGAUGUUGUCUUAUGAACCAUACGAAGUGUUAUUUUAAACGGAAUGAUUUCUAGUUUUAGCUAAAUGUAUAGUGGACGGAUGAUUGCCCACGAUCAUAGAUCGAUUGAAGCUAGACACUAACGUCAUUGGCUUCCGGCUCAGUGGUCUAAAGGUUAAUUGUUCGCACGCGAGAUCGAAGGUCCUGGGUUCUAGUCCCUCAUGCAAGAUAAUAGAUGUGCACUGCCAGGAAAAAGUGGCCGUCCAGUGCUCCCAAGUUUUCACUGGUGGUCUAGCUUAGAUCGACUCAUGAAUUCAACUAGUAAAAUUACUACAAUCUCCAUACCCCAGCUCUGAUAAAUGGACAAAAGUUCAUCUCCUUCCCUUGUU